AUGGCGCUGGUGACGAGAAACAAGGUCAAAUUCGUAUUGGCACUGUUCAUCGCUGGCGGUAUAGUUCAUCUCGCUAUCGAUAAGGGCCAAUCGAUCUAUGAGAACUUCGAUCGUAUCAGUUCUUAUCUGGACGAGGAUCCUUUGUACUCAGUCCUUCAGAAUACAGCAACACAUCCCCCGGUAUCCAGCGCAAGCCAAAUCACAUCAAUAAAAGUUUCUGACGAGACUACCAACACUCCUACAGAAACUCAAUCGGUGCUGAACGGUACCGACUUCGACGAUGAUGAGUAUAGAAAUCAGAGCUAUCCAUUCAAGCUGCAGAGUCCAAAACUGGAAUUGUGCCCACUGACACCACCUGGCCUUGUCGGACCAAUUAGAGUAUGGAUGGAUUCACCAUCGAUGGAUACUCUACAAAAACUAUAUCAUUAUGUAGAGGAUGGAGGUCAUGGGCAACCGAAAGAAUGUAGAUCGAGGCACAGGGUUGCGAUCGUGGUUCCCUACCGCGAUCGCGAAUCACAUCUGAGAAUAUUAUUACACAAUCUGCAUUCAUUUCUAACCAAGCAGCAGCUUGAUUAUGCCAUAGUGAUCGUCGAACAAAUUGCCAAUCAGACCUUCAACAGAGCAAAGUUGAUGAAUGUUGGUUUUGCGGAGAGCAUGAAGUUGUAUCCAUGGGAAUGCUUUAUUUUUCACGACGUCGAUCUUCUACCCGAAGAUGACCGAAAUUUAUAUUCUUGUCCGACAAUUCCGAGGCAUAUGAGUGUAGCAAUCGAUAAAUUCGAUUAUAAGUUACCCUACAAAGCAAUUUUCGGAGGGAUCAGUGCGAUGACUGUCGAGCAGUUAAGGUCCAUAAAUGGUUUUUCAAAUCGAUAUUGGGGUUGGGGAGGUGAAGACGACGAUUUGGCAGACAGAGUUUCAACAGUAGGCUUCAAAAUAGCUCGUUAUCCCGCUACAAUUGCCAGGUACAAGAUGAUUAAGCAUGCGCACGAGACUAAAAGUAAUCCGGUAAACAAAUGUCGAUACAAAUUAUUGGCGCAAACAAAGAAGAAAUGGAAAUACGAUGGCCUGAACUCACUUAAAUACGAGGUAGUGAAACUUGAACUCUUGCCGUUGUAUACGCAUGUAGUGGUGGAUUUACUGGAAACGAGUGAGAGCAAAGCAAUAAAGAAGGAAAUGAAAUGUUAA